AAAGUCCCAUGAAUCAUUUGCGCUUUGGACGUCGACGAGAUGUACGUUAACUAGUCUCUUUUGAGUAAUGCCAAAACACACGUUAAAAUGACAGCUAAAGAGACUAUUUUUCUGAAAUGUAUAUCGCUACAUGGCGUACCGGAACACAUCGGGUCCGAUGUGCUUCGACGUGAAAUUCAACAGCAACACGGCGUUAAUGUCGUUCGCAUCGAAGAGGUUACAGGGGCGGAGGCCAACCGAAAUCUAAAACGAUGGAUUCUGGAACUAGAGGGGGAAUUAUAUGCAAAAAAGUUUAAAAGCAAAUCUCUUGAGAUCAACUCUAAUGGGGACAGUCUAACAGUAGAAUUUAAGGACUCAAUAGAAUGCGAGUUGCCGUCAAGUUGGACCCUGCCACAAGUUCCGAGAAACCCGAAACCCACAGGACGUCAUCAGUUAAAUCCCCAGGGUCCUGUGGCAGGUCAGUCUACAGUCUACCAGAAUUAUGAUGCUGCCGGAGGUUACACAUCACAAAUGUCAGCUCCUCACACAGGUACAAGUGAUAAGCAUCUUGCUUCUCAACACGGAAGCCAUUGGGAGGAAGGCUUUAGGGAAGGGAGUGGUCAGACACAUUCGCAAGCUGGUCAAGGACAAGAGCAUAUGGGUCCAGGAAAUGCACCAAUGGGCCAGAUGUAUGGAUGGAUUAAUCCAGGUUAUGGACAAAUGGGUCAAGGUCAUCAGCAAAUUCCUCAAUUGCAAGAACAUAUGGGUUAUGGUGAUAGAAACAUAGGUCAAGGUAAUGCACAGAGAGGGCAAGGUCACGGGAUGCUUGCUCAAGGUCAAGGGCCUAUACAGAUGGGACAAUAUGAAACUUUUCUGUCAAAUAUUCAUCAUGAUCCAAAUAGUGGUCAAUAUUUUAUUUAUAAUGGUUUUCAAUUUGUACCUGUUUCCGAGGAGUACAUCCAGCAAGUGAAGGCUUAUUUUGAAGGGCAACAGCAGGUACUACAACAAAAACAACAAUCUGGUUAUGAGCUGCCACCAGAAAUCCUUCCUGAGAAAAGUGGUGCAUAUACCAAAGAAUCUGUUGAACCAGAUACCACUAAGCAGAAAGUAGAAGACUUGGAAAAACAGAAUGUAGAUACAGAUGAAGAAAGCAAAACAUUGAAAGAUCCACUGACCAAAAUAACGUUAUCACACUUACCUAGUGGUGUUGAUGAAGAUUAUGUAGUAACGUUUUUGGAAAGUAAAAAGAUGGGCUCAUUGUCAGUAGCAAAUGUUGUCAUUGACUACAAGACAGGCUGUGCAGAGGUAGAGAUGACGUCUCCUGAAGGUGCAAAUGCUCUCAUUGAAAUGAGAACCUUUCAAAUGAAGGGAGCACAAGUAUUUGUUGAGUGGCUACAAGUGACUACGUAUGACCCAGAGGAGGAAUUAAUCGAAGAUUCAACACCCAGUAUUAUUGUGACUGGAUUUCCUGAAGGAGCUGAGGAAGAUGACAUCAGAAUGUUUUUUGAAAGUAAACGAAAGUUUGAAGAUGUGGAAGUAGUUGAAGUAAAAUUCAGUGAAGAUUCUUGUUCUGCAAUCAUUACCUACAGUUCUCAGAAUGAUGUUGAUUGUGUAAUGAAUAUGUGUCCACUGAAAUUAAUGGGGACAGUCCUUAAGUGUGAGAGACCUCAAGGCAGAACACACCAGAAACCUGAAAGUUCAAAACCACUUCAACCGAAAGUUUUGGUGAAGGGAUUACCGGAAAACAUUGAUGAAGACGAUAUCAAGAUGUUUUUCGAAAACAAGAGAAAGUUCAAUGAUAUACAGUUGGUGGACGUUGUUUGGAAUGCAGGGUCUACAUCAGCUGUUAUUACCUUCAGUUCUGACAAUGAUGUUGAAAGUGUGUUAGAUAUGUGUCCUCUGAAAUUGAUGGGCAAAGAACUAAUUGUUGAGCGAUUUGGCAGCAGUGAUGCAUAUGAAAAACCAUUUAACAGCCAUUUAAAAUCAUCUACGGAUUCCAUGUUUGAUGGCACGCAAACUGAGAUUCUGGUUGAAGACAUCCCACCUGAAGUGGAUAAAGAGAUGUUAGAGAUGUGUUUUUCAUCAAGGAAAUUGAGAUCAUGCACGAUAGAACACAUUGACAUAGAUGAAGUUGACAAUAACGCUGUUAUAAAGUUUUUGACACCACAAGACGUGAAAACUGUGCUCGAUAAUCUUCCAAUUACAAUAAAGAAGAAGGAGGUUUCUGUGCAAAUCUAUGUGCCAAAGAAGUUGUGUACAAUCAUCGUCCAUGGACCAGAGGGGUUCAUGAAAGAGGAAAAUGAAGAUGCAUUUGAGAUGUAUUUUGAAAAUGAAAAGAAGUCAGGCGGAGGUGAUAUUCAAGAAAUCAGCUUUCGACCAUCAGAAAAAGCUUUUUAUAUAACAUAUAAAGAAGAAUAUGCUGCCAAAAGAGUUGUAGAAAGAGAUGACCACUGCAUUAUGAAGAAUAAAGUUAAAGUGGAACUAUUCAAACCAAGUAGGUCUACAAAGGUAUCCUCUGAACCGAUGAAUGAAGGAUCUAACACAGUAUAUAAAAGUAAUAAAGAAGAUGAACAUGUGGAACCAGAAUCCCAGCCAUUAAAGACUGUAAAAAUACGAGGAGUCCGCAAGGUGUCCAGUCGAGACUCAGUUCAGUGGUAUUUCGAGAACAAGAAGAAGGCUGAUGGUGGUGAUAUUGAAAGUCGAUUUACAGAUGAGGAAGAUGACGAUGUUAUGUAUAUUAAGUUCAAGGAUGAGUCAGUUGCACAAGCUGUGGCAAAGAGGCAACAUAAGCUGGAUGGCCAAGAGCUGGUUGUGUCACUGUACACCCCUCCAGUUCCCCCACCCUGCUACCCGAACAAGCUGCUUAUCAAAGGACUGAAUCAGAAGAUAACAUUCAACGUCCUUGAUCUGUACUUGGAGGCUAGAGUGGGAAUUACUCUUGUAGAAGGUUCCAUGACCUAUCAUGCUGAGCAGGAGGAUGUUGUUUUGGUUACAGUCAAUGAGGACAUAGACUUUGCAAAAUUGGAAGAGGCAUGUAGAUUGAAAGCCCUAGAAGGUUCUCAUUUGCGGGUCAGUCAAGUGCCCAUUUCUAAUUGUGUGCUGGUCUCAAACAUCAGUGACACAGCCACUGUGGACAUGGUGUCCCUGUAUUUUGAGAAUGAAAAAAGAAGCAAUGGUGGGCAAGUGGACAAGAUGGAAAUGUUUUCCACUCAGAACUACUGUCUGGUCUACUUUGCUGACUAUAAAGUUGUAGAUAAAGUUUUGUCAAAAGACCAGAAGCUUGAUGGAAGACAGCUUGAAGUGAGGCGAUACUUCCCAUGCAUUGGAAAGGCAGAAGGGGACACUGUCAUACGGCGAUUCAAAAAACCAAACCCUUUAACAGUGAAGGCAAAUAUUCAGAAGAUAAAAUUUCUGCAUCGAUCCAGUGCCAACAAAGUAGCAGUUGAAAAGCAGCUAUCUAUGUGCCAUGCCACAAUAAUCUGGCCUGCAGCAAAUGACACUGAAGAUGUUGAACUACGUUGUACAUUGUCUGAGGAUGUAAAAGACUGUGUUAAACUGGCCAAGGACUGGAAUGACAAUGCAAAAGCAAGCUUCCAAGACUUUAUGAACACUCUUGACGUCGAAAGUGUCUUUGUUGUCCAAGAUAUUUUGAAAAAAGUACAAGAAGAAUUAAGCAAAAUUUCUAUUGAUAAUCCUGAAGCCGUAGCUAUUUUAAUACAAAGGCAAGAAAACAAAAUAUAUAUUGUGGGAAUAAAAGGAAACGUUUUGGGACUAAAGACAAAAGUUGAACAAAUUGUAAAAGACAUACAAGAUGCUGCAGAGAAGGAAAAGUCAUGGAGAAAAGUAGAAGUGAACAAUUUGAAGCCUAUCGAAACUAAAAUGCUGUUGGCAGAUAAAUUCCCUAGUCAAAUGCAAGAGAAGUUUCCUGAAGUUAAAAUUAACAUUCAUCCAACAAAAAAUGAAAUAGAAAUUGAAGGUGUUUAUUCCGAGGUCAACGCAAUCCAGAUUGAGAUGUAUAAAGUAAAAGAUACGUUCGUCCGAAAUGAAUCCCAAAUCCCAGAUGCGACAAUGGCAAUGUUUAUGAGCAGGCCUGUCAAAGAAUAUAUUGUAAAGAAGUUGAAACAUGACAAAGUUAUUGCAGUUUGGGAAACUGUUAAUGGCAAGCUUAUUGUGAUGAGCAAACAUGACACAAUGCUUAGCAAAGCAGUAGACAUUGUUAGCAAGUCAGUAGCUAUUGGCAAAGUUCAACUUACUAAAGAGAGUCGAUCAUCAGUGCAGUCAGCAGCAUGGGCAGCAUUGGAAAAGCAACUUCUCGAAGAACAUCAAGCAAAGCUGACCGUAAACAAAACCUUAGACGAAGUUACCAUUGUUUGUACAGAUGACAUAUUUAGCAAAAUUUUGGAAACUAUUCAUGAUUUUCUAGACAAAAAUACAAUAUAUAGUGACAAGUGGUCAUUUGCUAAAAACAUAUAUAAGCUUUUGAACAAGCAUCAUAAUCAAAACAUAUCUGACUUGGCAAAAGGUGAAAAUGUUAGAGUUCAGUUCGCAGAAAACCAAAUUGAAGUAUCUGGUACAAAGAAAGGAAUAAGUAAAGUAAGACAAGAACUUGAGUUGUUAGCUCAGAAGGUAAAGAAACAACAACAUAAGAUUUCCAAACCUGGCAUUACCCAAUUUAUGAAAACGGACAAAGGUCUUGGAAUUUUGCACAGUGUGGAAAGUACCUACCCCGUUAUUGUCUCAUCAAGUGAUGAAGACAAUGGUGAUGAGGAUUAUGGAAUAUACAGCAUGACUUCAACAUCUUCCAGUCUACCGCCUGGAUGUUCUAUUAUAGCAUCAUGCAUUGCAUACGAGAAGAGGAACAUACAUGUUAUGUUUGGCAAUAUGACGGAUUUGAAUGUUGAUGCAAUUGUUAAUGCUGCAGAUGAGAAACUGAGCCUCUGUGGUGGACUGGGAAAAGAGAUAUUGAAAAAAGGUGGCGAUACUAUUGCCAGGGAUUGCAAGCGGUACAUUGAUGCACAUGGAAAACUUGGCGAAGCAGCGGUGUUUGUGUCCACAUCAGGAAAUUUAAAAGCUAAGAGUAUUGUUCAUGUUGCGGGUCCAGUUUGGAAAGAUGGAAUGCAGCAAGAGGAUGAAAAACUAACAGAGGUUGUGUUUAAGGCCAUGCAUCAGGCAUCUGGGAAGGGCUACAAAUCAGUGGCAUUGCCUGCUAUAAGUUGUGGGGCAUAUGGUUACCCUGUGAAGCUGGCAACGGGAGUGAUUGUUGCCUCUGUGAAGAACUUCUUCAGAGAAGUGCAAGAAUCGGAGCUGACAGAAAUCUAUUUAUGCGACUUGAAAGAUGAUACGGUUGAUGGAUUUGUUAAAGGGCUAGAAAAGGAGUUUGGAGCCUCCAGUGUUCGCCACUUCACCCGCAAGCAGUCAUCAUCAGCAUUGAGUCUGCCUCCUGGAUCAAUUCAACCAAUGGAUAGUUCAGAUGAAGAAAGUACUGACACAUAUUCUGCUGACCCAAGUAAAGGCACUUUUAAACCACGGCCUCAACAAAUGAACAGGGCGUUGCCGGUCAAGCUUGGAAACAUCACUGUUGCUGUUCAAAAAGCAGAAAUUGCCAAACAUAACAUACCUGUCAUAGUCAACACCACGUCAAGAAAUCUUGAUCUAAACAAUGGCGCUGUGUCUAAGACAAUACUUAAGCAAGCUGGACCAGAAAUACAGAAUGAACUAAAACAGGCAUAUCCAAAUGGAAUUAGUGAGGGGCAGGUGGCUGUUACAAAAGGACAUAAACUGAAGUGCACAAAUGUUGUGCACGGGGCUGUUUCCAAUUGGGAUCCGAAACAACAAAAGAAAACUAUUGACGAGCUGAAAAGCUUUGUCAACCUUUGUAUGGAGGAGACACAAAAGCGUAAUCACAGCGGAAUAGCGUUCCCUGCUAUCGGCACAGGCAAUCUUGGCUACCCAAAGGAGGUUGUGGCUAGAGAAAUGUUAACAGCCAUCUCAGAAUUUGCAACCAAGCAUCCGCAAUCGUGCAUACAAAAUGUGGAUUUUAUACUAUAUCCACAAGAUGAAGGGACUAUUAAGGCAUUUGAAAGCGAGAUUACUCAAUGGGCAAAGGCUGGUGGAAAAGGUCGUGCACGCGGGGACUACGAUCACUAUCAAAAUUUGCGUUCUAAGAGCGGUGAAGACAGCGAGAAUGAACACCUGUACGAAGAAUUGCCAUUUGCAAAGGACUCAAACAACUUUACUAUUGGAAAUGUUCAAAUAAAGGUCAUGCAGGGUGACCUAACGAAGGAGGCAGUGGAUUGUAUUGUAAACAGUUCAAAUGAGACUUUUGAUCUUAAAAGAGGAAAAGUUUCCCAAACCCUCGUCAAAAUUUGUGGAGACAAGCUUGUAAAGGAGGCUCAUUCGAAGCAAAAGGAAAUGAAAAAAGAAGGAUUGGCCAUUACCAAGGCUCAUCCACUGGCUUGCAAAAACAUAUUGCAUGUUGUAGCAAAGGAAACUGCACAGGAAUGGAAACAAGUCGUCGUAAAAUGUCUUAAGAAGGCUAAGGGUGAAGGUUAUCAAAGCAUUGCUUUCCCAGCCCUAGGCACAGGUAUGAAUAUCAGUGCUGCAGAGACAGCCCGUGCAAUGUGCCAGGCUGUGAAAGUGUUCGCAAAUGAAGGAUGUGGUUCAUUGACAGAUGUAAGAUUUGUUAUCUUCCAGAAAGAGAUGGUCGAUGAUUUCAAACAUGAAGCCCAGCGCUCCCAAGGAAUGACAGGUACUAACAGAAAACCAUCCAUGACUGCUGCAAGAGCACAGCCAAGAAACACGUCCACUAACGCAAAUUCUGUGUGCCUUAUUAUUCACGCUAUGGAAGUAUCGGACAUAAAACAAGCCAUUGAUAAGAUAGAUGCCUUGAUUGACGGAGAGGUCUCAACUACUCGUUUAACUGACUCAAUUAUACAGCGGUUGGAUGAACGACAGGAAGAUGCAUUAAGAAGGAUUGCAGAGAAACACAAUGUGGACUAUAGACCCAGCAGCAAUGGAGUAGAAAUUGUUGGAAUGAUGGCAAAUGUAAUCAACGCCAGCUCUUUGAUGAAUAAAAUAGUAAAGGAUGCAAUACAGAUUGAAAAUGACAAACAGGCAGCCAUGAUCUUGAAAGACGUUGUGCAGUGGUACUACAUAGAUGAAGGUGAUGAACUAAUUGCUUAUGAGCUCAAUCUCAACUACAAAAUAGAAAAGGCAUUCAAGAAUCAAGCCAGCAUAUUUGAGUAUAAGGAAGACAGUAUGGAUGUUGUCGUUGAUUUCAAUACAUUGCAAGAAUAUGAGAAGGAUGAAACGGAUGACAACAAAAAAACAAAGAUUGUUCGAAAGGAUUUGAUUCAAGACAAAUUGAAUGAAAUACCAUCAGAUUGGAAGGAAAUGAAAGGAAAUUACUUGGUGCAUACCCUACUGACCACUGACCCUAGAUACGUAACAAUAUCAACUACCUUCGCAGCGACGGCUGGUGCCAAUUUUGCUAUCCAAAAGAUUGAAAUGGUCCAGAACAAGUCUCUAUGGCAACAGUACGCUGCAAAGAAGAAGCAACUAGAAGGGCAGAAUCCUCCGGGAACAACAAACGAACGUUUCCUCUGGCACGGUACCUCUGCCGACACAGUGGAUAGCGUCAAUGCGCAUGGUUUCAAUCGUAGCUACUGUGGAAAGAACGCAAAGACGGAUUUGGGUGAAGGAGUAUACUUUACGGUAAAUGCAAGUGACUCUUGCGUUGAUGCCUACACUUUACCGGGAAACGGUAUUAAAAGAGUUCACUACUGUGCAGUGUUAACUGGAGAAUUCACAAACGCCACAAGUGGUAAACGCGUACCGCCAUCAAAACCAACCGCGGGUAAAAAUGCUUUAUAUGACUCUGUUACGGAUGACUCUUCCAAUCCAACCACGUUUGUCGUAUUUAGUGACACGCAGGCGUAUCCAUUAUUCAUUGUAAAUUUCAAGUAGGUUAAAAACACGCAACAUACACUUUUUGCACUUCAAAAUUUAUUUUUUUUAAUAAAUGUGAUAACAAAACAAACUGAUGCUAAUGAUAGAUUUAUAAACAACAUAAUUUCAAGUUUGAUUUAUUAAUAAAUGUGUAAUUGUACUUAAAAGCGCUAAAUAUAGUUUUGAACUCCUUUUACCAUACCGAAGCACUACUGUCUUGAUAGCGUGCUCAUCGUCGGAAACCACGUACGCCGAGAAACACUUUGUUACUAGAGUGACCGUUUUUGGUUGGCUAGCGAGUUUUCGCGAAUAUUCGUCAGUCAGAUAAUUGGUUCGGAAUUUCAACCAAUUGAAGCACGCGGUAUAAUAACUCUUACGCCUUUGUCACAUGAUUUUACCAUUAUCAUGUACCUUUAAAUAAAGAUUUCCAUACUUCAUCCAGAAGUGUUUAAAUCUUUAUUGUUAUUCCAUUAUUCAGUACGCGGCUUAACAAUAUUCAUGUACAUGAAAUUCUGAUAACCAAUGCUCUAGCAGCAAUAUGUAAUGAUAUGAAUAAAGAAUUCAAACAAAGCUGCAUUCUGUAUCUGGUCUAAUUGUUUGACCGCUAAAUACUAAAUGCGUAUUGUGCUACUUUGAAAUCAGAAUAAUUGUCUUAAAUAUCAUUUCAUGUGGGUUUGAUGUGAAUUUCGACGAUGAUGCAAGCUUAUAAUUUGGAUUUGUAUAAUCGUAAAACACAGUUUCGUUUCGCCUACAAGUAAAACAUAAGAGUGAAACAGACAAACACGUCAGCGUGUAAUAUAUCAACAAGCGUCGUUUCAUUGCAGAAUUAAGUUAUUAUAGGCAAACUGUUAAUUCAAUCUGUAUGUGAUUUAACCAAUGUAUAACCGAAAUAUAUUUGGUGGUUUCAAUCUAGCUUUUCGUGCUAAAAAGCUAUCAUUCUUAUUGCAGUUGUUGCUUUUUGUAUGUGUGCCUCUUUAUUUACUCUUUAUUUACUCUUAAUUUGCGUUUUAUAUUUUGAAGCUUAUAUAUUAAGAAUACGAACUUAUAUGGUUAAAAUUAAAAUUCAGAACAUGCUCCAAACUUUAUAGUAGAAUUUGGAAAUAUAUUCAAAUUUCGCCAAAUGAUCGAUAACUGAAACUAACAAGUUUUUGGUCGGCACAAAAUAUAGCGUCUGUAGGUUAUUCGAUUUAUAUCUUUUAUCAUUUAAUUAUUUUUUUUUUUAAAAAAAAAACACGUUAUGUUUGAUUAAUUUGGGUAAUACCUUGUUUCCAAAUUAUUCGUGUAUUUUGUUAAAUAUUAACAUAAUACUAAUUAACUUAAACAUAACGUAGACUUUUAUUCACAAUUAUCAAAUUCCCAUAUUAUAUUAAAAAAUUUGCAAUCAAAUAUGUUUAAGAAUAAACAAAUAAAGUGUUGCUAACAAGUCCAACACAAAAUUGAAACUGACAAAGACUUCUUAAUGGAAUAAAUCAACAGCGUCGCGUUUAUUAGUAUUUUAUAGUAUUAUAGUAUUGCCUAUAAACAAUAGGCAAUGUGUUGAUUCAACGUCCAUACAUUUGUGUCGCAUGUAUAAUUGGACACUUUUGCGUGUUUAAAAUCUAUUUAAUUGUAUCCUUAAAAGUAUAGUUGUUGUUGUUGUGCCUUCAUUCCACUAUUUACUGUGUUGUUGUUUAAAUUAUAGUUAUGUCACAAUAGUAACAGUCACAAAAUUGAAACUGACAAAGACUUCUUAAUGGAAUAAAUCAACAGCGUCGCGUUUAUUAGUAUUUUAUAGUAUUAUAGUAUUGCCUAUAAACAAUAGGCAAUGUGUUGAUUCAACGUCCAUACAUUUGUGUCGCAUGUAUAAUUGGACACUUUUGCGUGUUUAAAAUCUAUUUAAUUGUAUCCUUAAAAGUAUAGUUGUUGUUGUUGUGCCUUCAUUCCACUAUUUACUGUGUUGUUGUUUAAAUUAUAGUUAUGUCACAAUAGUAACAGUCAGAUCGUUCAUUUCUGUUUUAAGAAUCUAUUUAUUUAAUUCGUAUUGGAACACGAAUAAAAUCCUUCCGAAACAUAAAACUAAAAUGAUGGGUUAAUGAAGCUAAUCACCUUAUUCGGUUAAGUUGCCCUCCCGCAACUAUGACGAAGUGUUCGAAUAAAGCAAGAGAUGUAUCUUGUCCAAAUUAUUCGCAAGUAUCAUGAUUGCUUAACUCAUGCAAAAAUAUCAUGAUUUCAAUAUAUAUUGACAUCUAUACAACGCAAUAGCUUAAUUGAAUUAUGUUGUUUUGACAGUUCCUCUACGUCUAUUCAUAAAUGCCAAACAUGAACUCAUUGUUUUAUUCACUUUUGUAACCAUACAGCACAAUGCUUGUAUACAAUAGCUAUUAAUGGGCACAUUCAUAUGAAAGACAACAUUUUAUGCAAACAUACAAUUUAUCAUUGAAUCACGAUGCAUGAUCACCUUAAAAAUGCACUUGCUAUUGUCAAAAGAGGAAAGUGUAGAUAUGUCACGAUACAUUUCAAAUAAGUUAAUACGUAUUCAUAAUGUAUGUUUUAUUUUUAGCACAAUCCGAUGAGUAAACCAUCUUAUACUUUAAUGUAUUGAUACUUCUCAGAUGGUGCAUAUUAUUUGGAUAUUACAUAAGCAAAAUCUAACUCCUUUUAUAGAAGCUUUGUUUUGUACUUAAUUGUAUUUUGUAGUUCUAAAUUAUUGUAGUUAGUGUUGUUACUUAUUAUAGUUCUAAAGGGCUAAACUAAUCCAGUUGUAUAAGAAGAUGUAUAAACAUGCCGGAAAAAACUGUGUAUUAAUACAAUGAAAGCCUAAAGAAAAGUUUUACCUAAAACUUAAAACAAGUCACAAUGUUAGUCCUAUUCAUCUAAAAACUAUUUUUGAAUGUAUUGAUGGUUAAAUUAUAUUCGUGUUUUGUUUGCCUUAAUCUAUUCGUUUCUCUUGUAUUCCAUUGUGUGAUUGGUUGUAUGUAUGAAACGGAUAAUAAAAGUGUGUAUUCGUAA